CGCGGGAACCGAAAUUCAAACACCUUUCGCGCCAGUCUCUCGAAAAUCUUCAGAAGGGGAGGACACAUCUCUGCGGCAUAAGACCUCAACCCUGGCGGUGUCAAUGGCUAGCAGUAUGGCGCGGCAGAUUGGCGGCUACAGCAGCGACUCCUCCGUCAUGAGCCACGACCGGGAAAGGCGCUACAUGAAGAGACUGGAGAGACCAAGAUGGUGGAUCGGCUGCAGCUCCCUCAGCCUCACCUCCAACGACAGCAUGGAGUCAGUACGCCAUCACUGCUGUGGCCACAAGAAUCUCCACAGUAUGCCUGUCAUGCGGCGGAGGUUUGAUGAGGAAAGAAUGACGUCUCUGCGACACGCCACGCAGCAGCUGUGGGUGACUGAGGUCAUCUCGGGAACAGGUUUCUAUGCCCUGACCGAGGAGACCAAGGAAAGUGCCGAGGAGCUGAGGGGCAUCCUGGCGUCUGAAAUUGAAGUGUCACACAUGGCUGUGAAGACAGUGGUGCCCAGAAUGGUGUGUGCUGCAAGGAUCAACAACACCUGGGAGCGAGUGAUGGUGAGGAGUCAGUGCAGCGACGCCACCUGCAGCAAGAGGACAGACGAGGACAAGGAGGAGCACUGGCACGUGAGCAUGAUGGAGACUGGCAGCAUGAAGUGUGUGCCCUUAUCACAGCUGGUCCUCAUUACCAGGGAAGUUGCCUCGCUGGAACCCAAAGCCAGGGUGUACUUCCUUCGCCGUGUCCACCUCAAGGAUGACGAGACCAUUGCCGCAGAGGCAAAGGAAUGGCUGAAGAGUAAGAUUCUGAACAAGCAGAUGCUGAAAGCUCACGUGUUCUUCCGCUUUCAUGGGAGAAGCAAGAACCAGGCAGAGGUUUACAUAAAUAACACAAAUGUAAAUGAUGCCUUGGUGGAAGCUGGUUAUGCUGUAUACAACUACAGGACAGAACAAAGGGAGAAGGUACCAGAAGCACUUCCUGCCAUUUCCUACUCUCUCCAAGACUUAAUAAGCUCCAGAGAAAGCCUCGCGUCUCGGGCAACAUCCCAAGCCUUGCGGAAUGACACAGGACCCUCCACCUUGCCAGACUUGAUGGAGCUCAUUGAUCACCUCAUGAAGAAACGCAAGGAGAGGAACUACCUCAUUUACAGUGGCUCUGCGCUGAACCUGGCCAUCAAGAUCCAGACCAAGGAUCCAGUCAGACAUCAAAGGCUGUGUGAACAAGGCCAUGCUUCCCUCAGUAAGAUGCAGAUACUGUUGAGGAGACUGAGGCAAGAAAGUCCAGGCUUCCAUGAAGUGAGGGACCUGAAUGACGCACUGUAUGAGCACCUGGUGGAAAUGUUUGAGAAAUGGAAGUCAAGCUACAAAAGAGCUCAGAAGAAGUCCAAUGAUGCUAUCGAGGUGAUAUCGGACAUCUUCCUGUCCUUUGCCAACAAGAAGUCACGCAUGAUGAGGUACAAACACAAGUGCAGGAAGCUAGAAUCUGCCUUGAAUAAUGAAGUGCUUCUCCAAAAUGAGGGUCAGGAUCUGUCUCAUAUGCUGGUGCCUGUUGUGGCCACCAAACUGAUGAGCUCCAUUGAGAAGCUGGAGAGUCUGGGUAACGGCUACCCGACCACCUUGGAGAGGGCCCAGACACUGCACCAGUUCAUCCCCACUUCCAAGUACAUCACUCCCCUCACUCUGGAGACGCUGGCCAAGGACAUUUUGAAGGGGUUAUACCACUUCCACGAGAGAGGGAUAGCUUACAAGCACCUCCACCCUCAAAACGUGCUCAUAAGGAACGGCCAUGCGGUGCUGCGGCCCAUUAACGAGCAACAGGAAUGCAAGAUUGGACAGGACUGGCCAUUUGAGGGCGUCGAGGUGACCAAUGAAGACCUGGGCAUGCCCGGCGACGUGUUCAACUUUGGGCUGCUACUCCUGUGGAUGGCAUGCAAGGGCGUUGACAGCUACCACAGAGCGACCAUGAAGUACUACUGCAACGUGGCACUGAUCAAGAUGACCAUGGACGAGGACCCCAACCAGCGCCCCUUGGUGGAGUCCAUGGUGUGCACGAACAGCCCCAUCUUCCGCCCCAACAUCAAGUGGCGCCCCAUGCUGCUCAAGGACUACCUGAGGGAGGUGUUCAAUGAGAAAUGCAACACAGAGGAGGCUUCAGAGGGUGCCAAUGAAUUGCUGUCAGAGGCAGAGACUGGUGAGUCCACCAGUGAGUCUGGGAGCAUGUUCCAGCGCACAGAGGAUGAGUCUGGCACUGAGACCACAGAGAGUGAGCCUCCAAAGUAUGAGGUUCCUACGUAUGAGCCUCCCACCAGAGUGAACGAGGGAGAGGAAGGGAAGCAUCCAUCAGCACCCAACACUGAUGACACCGAGCAGGCAUAGCAUCUCCCUUUCUUGGACAGAAGAAAAAUUCACCUCGAGACGGACUUUUUCUGUUAUGUAGAUUUAUGACAACGCAGCUUGUAUUCCCUCCCAGCAGUGAAUGAGGGAAAUGACAGGAAAUUCUCCCCAACACUGAUAACACACAGAGCACGCAUAGUGUCUUCCUUUCUCACGUACAGGGAAAGGAAGUCUGAAGGAAAUUCACUUUCAGACUGAGUUUAUUUCAGUUAGCUUUAAGAUGACACAAGGUACAUUGGAUUUUCUUUAAGGAUUAUUUAUAUUUAUAGUUUUGUUUGCCUUCAUUGCUUUUAUACUGACAUGUAAGAGUUUAAACCACAGAGGAAGUCAGAUCAGCAAGAACCAUCUCUCAGACAGCACAGCAUUCAUACAUUGUUAGUACCAUUGAGUCUUGCCCAGUAUCUUAACACGUUUCAUAAUUUUAAGGAGCAUUUUUUUGCGAGAGGAAGAGUUUUUUUCUUAACAUGACGAGGAAAACACUCUUGGAAGCAAAAAAUGUAUUGGGGAUAGAUUAAAUAACUUGUGCAUGAAUAUUAGAUAAGAUUAUCUUCAUUAUUUUAAGUUUUAUACAUUUAUAAGACUGAAGUUUAAACAGCUACUCUAAAUUUGUUUCCCUGUUACAUAGAUCCAUAUAAGGUUAUUUAUUUAUGACUUGAAAUUGUUAUAGUUAUCAUCGUUAUUACUUUCAUAUUAAACUGACACAAAAC